AUGUUCGCUGCACACGCAUUCACCGCUUUUCUCGCACUUGCCGCGCCUCUUUUGGCCCGUGGAGAUGUUACCCCCAGCGAGCCUGGCCCCGGCGACAUCUUCAACGCUGGCUCGACCUGUCACAUCGUCUGGCAAGGCGACACCGAAUCUGACACCAUCUGGAAGGACAUGGCCAUCCAGCUGAUGACCGGCAGCAACCUUGGGAUGGUGCACAUCACCACUGUUGCCACGAACCAAGACGGUACCGUCGACGGCCGCUUCGAGUACCCCUGCCCCGAGGUGGACCCUUACUCCGCUAUCUAUUUCUACCAGUUCUCCUCCCCGCAGACUGCCGUCAAGACCUGGACCACCCGCUUCACCAUCGCCUCGCCAACCGGCGCGACCACGCCCCCCGCCAAUGCGACCCAGCCUGGCUCGAACGACCCCAUCCCCUGGGGUAUUGGCAACCUCGUAGACCCAUCCACGGCUGUCGCUGCCCCCGUCAGCGGCACUGGCACUCCGGCUGGCCCUGGUUCCGCGAGCUCGACAGGCACGGGUGCUGCGACCCCAGCUACCAGCGCGUCGUUAGCUACGACCAGGGUGACCACGUCGUCGAGCACGUCGAGCACCGCGUCGAGCACUGCUACGGCUGGAACGAGCACUGAUGGCGCUCUCUCUAUCGCCGCUGACGCGCGUGUGUGGAUGAGCGCAGCUGCGAUCGUCUUCGCCGGCCUCGUCUGGUAA